AUGAGUUACAAGGUUAUCUCUGGAUUGAAGCUAACGAGAUUGUUUGCAUCAAACCAAAUACUGCCUAGCGAAUGUCUGAGCUGUCUAAUAGAGCUCAUCGAGGACCCAAAUAUAAGUCCAUGUCUAACAUUGUCUGUGAUUACUUUGUUGUCACAACUAGUUUUGGACAGUGAGACCAGAGAAGCUCUUCAGAAUACUUAUAAUUUGACAAGCGUGCUGGCAGGAGUGGUUCGCCGAAGCUCUACCAACCCUAAUGAUCCAGUAUUGUUACAGAGUAUUCAACUUCUUCAGAAAUUAACCUACAAUGUCAGAGUUUUUCAUGCCAACGCCAAUGUUGAUGAAUUGAUUUUAUUUAUAAUGCACCAUAUCCAGUCAACAGAAGACGAAUUAACAAUACCAUGUUUGGGACUCAUGGCAAAUCUUUGUCGACACAAUCUCUCUGUUCAAGCUCAUAUAAAAUCUUUGAAUAACGUGAAAGGUUUCUAUCGUACCUUGAUCAGUUUCUUGGCCCAUAGCAGUUUAACUAUGGUUGUGUUUGCACUUUCGAUAUUAUCAAGCCUUACUUUAAAUGAAGAAGUUGGAGAAAAGCUUUUCCAUGCCCGAAACAUUCAUCAGACAUUUCAGUUAAUAUUCAACAUUCUUGUAAAUGGCGAUGGCACACUUACAAGGAAAUACUCUGUUGAUCUACUCAUGGAUCUAUUGAAGAACCCCAAAAUUGCAGAUUAUCUUACUAGAUAUGAACACUUCACCUCUUGCCUCUAUCAAGUAUUAGGCCUUCUUCAUGGAAGGGAUCCUGAUUCAUCAUCAAAGGUCUUGGAAUUAUUACUUGCUUUUUGUUCAGUGACUAAACUACGCCACAUUGUGCGUCAGACAAUACUGGAGCCAUCUGGUGUGCCAGUCUCAGGAAGUACCAGAUUCACAUCCCGCUCGAAAUCUUCAGAGCCAUCUAUUGCUUUAGUGCACUGGUUAAACCAACCAUUGGAAGGAUCUGAAAAUUGUUGUAUUCUAGCUUUAGAAUUAUUCAAGGAUAUAUUUGAGGAUGUUAUUGAUACUGGCAACAGUACUUCAGCUGAACGCUUUGUGGAUCUUUUGCUACCUGUCCUUCUUGAUAACCUUGAGUUGCCAGAGCAGAAUCUAGAAGAGCUGUUAGUGAAGAAGAAAUGUGAAAGAAUGGUGAAAGUUAUUGAUGUCAUGCUAAUGCUUUGUGGAGAGGACACAAUGAAAAUGCAUGCCUCUAAGGUACUGACUGCAAGUAGAUGCGCAUCUCUAAUAGAAUAUCAGUUUACGUAUAGUGGGAUUGAUGUUGCCUAUGGGACAAAGGUAGUGGACUCAGAACUGUGCAAACUUGCUGCUGAUGUUAUUUUGAAAAUACUUGAUCUUAUGAGCAGACUUAAACAGUUGAUGCCAACUAUGGAAGUCAGCUUCUACAAAAUUCUUCAGGAUCAACGUUUGAUUACACCUUUGGCUUUUGCUUUAACAUCAGACAACCGAGAACAAGUACAGGCUGGACUUAGAAUACUGUUUGAGGCAGCACCAUUACCAGACUUCCCUGCUAUAGUGCUUGGUGAAAGUAUUGCAGCAAAUAAUGCUUACCGACAACAAGCGACAGAGCAUGCGUCAAAAAAAAUCCAUAUGCAGUCAUCUGUUACUAAUACUAUGCCCAUGAAAUGCUCUACUUCCUACCCUUCGGGUGAUGAUGCAACAACUUCAAACAUUCAAGAACUAAUACAGAAACUUCAAUCUGGACUGGAGAUGAAAGAACCAAACACUGAUGUGAGGAUGUCUGACCUAAUGGACGUCUAUGAACAGAAACUAGCAGCAUUAGCUUCCAAAGAAACCAGGUUACAAGAUCUAUUGGAGGCAAAGGCACUAGCGCUUGCUCAAGCUGAUAGGCUAAUUGCCCAGUACCGUUGUCAGAGAGCCCAAGCUGAAUCUGAGGCAAGGACACUUGCUGCAAUGUUGAAGGAUACAGAGCGAAAAAAUGAAGAACUUGAUGUUUUGCUGAAAGCUCAGCAGGUAGAAUCUGAACGGGCACAGAAUGACAUAGAGCAACUCUUUCAACAUAAUAGGAAAUUACAAACAGUGGCUGAAGAAUAUGAGGUGCUGAAAAGAUCCUCCGUUGAUCUUCUGCAGAAGCAUGAAACCACUGAAAGACAAUAUAAAGAUCUGCAGGUUACAUGUAAUUCACUAAAUAAACAAACUGAGGCCAUGAAAAAGCUGAAUGAAUCACUUAAACAGCAGAAUGACAAAACUGUUGCACAAUUGAUAGAAACAGAAGAUCAUAGAAAAGAAUUAGUGAAACAGCUACAGGAUAGAGAGAGUAAAAUAUCAAGUUUACAACAAAAGAUAAAGCUUCUAGAAGAAAAACUGAAAGUCCGGCAUAAAGAAAAAGCAGAUAUGGAAGAAAGUAUUGACAUUCUAAGAAAGGAAUUAAGUAAAACAGAACAGGCAAGAAAAGAAUUGAGUAUUAAGGCAUCUUCCCUGGAAGUUCAAAAGUCCCAACUGGAAGGACGUUUGGAAGAAAAGGAAGCCAUAGUAAAACUGCAGCAAGAAGAACUGAGCAAACAUUCUCAUAUGAUAGCAAUGAUUCACAGUUUAAGCGGUGGGAAACUAAGCACAGAAACUGUGAACCUCAGUUUAUAGGGCUCUUUAAUUAUACAGUUUGAUUUAAUGAUAUCUUAUACAUUUGAGUAAGGCUAAAAUUUAUACACUAUCUUGCUCAAAUAUCUCAGACUGAAAUUGACACAAGCCUACACCAUUGUUUAAAGAAAAACAUGAUUGCUUUUUAUUAAAAACAUGCUUUGGCUUGAAAAAUCUGAGCCAUAUUACAGUAGGUAGGCCUGCAGCUGUUUUAGUUGAGGUUAAAUGGCCACAUUUCCAGUGACUGCAGUAGGAGCAAGAUAAAGCUCUGGUCUUGUGACUAACUAUCCCUUGAUACUGGAAUAAAAAGGGGAGAGAGAGUCCUCUAUUUUUGGUACUCACCCUCUUACUGCCACUGGGAUAUACUGAGACUUUCAUUUUGGAAGGUUUCAAUGCUACUUCUGCAUAAUUCCAUGCUCCUUGUUUUGAGAUGGAAUCUACAUACAGAUGUUGCGUAUAGAAAUAUUAAUAUAGCACAGAUUCUAAAUGUCUAAGGUGCAAAUCUAGAAAUAUGAAGUCAGUAAUGUAGAUUAAAGGGGUAGUACUUGUUGCAAGACACCUGUGUUACAGCGAGAGCUGUAUUUGACACAGCUUUAGUUGAAAAUACCUUAAAUAUUAACAUUCAACUAAUUAAAAAUACCUCCACAUAUUUGUGAAAGGAUGUGAAUUUGAAAAGGCUGAGGGGAGGCAGGGAGAGAGUAUAUAUGUCAAGUUGCCAGAAAGUAGUGUCAAUUAGAAAUUGUAGAUGUGUGGAAUACUAUACAUCUCUUUAUGCAUUUUCAAGUAUCUGUUAAAUGCCAUCAGUACAUUGCUCCUAAAUUUCAUAGCACUUUCUCAUGAUUCUUAAAGGUCUGCAAUUAAUUUGUCAGUUUUACCUGAUGUACACUAGCUUUUUCAGCAUUGUCAGUUGUGCAUUGUAUAAAAGAUUUUAUACUCCUUUUUUUAAGCUUAAAAUGUAACUUACCAUUUUCGUAAGAAGAAAAUGUUAUAUAUUUUACACAAAAGAUUUGUGCUUUUUUUCUGGGUCAUGGGAGCAUACUUUUCCUUCUAAUUUACUAAAAUUAGAUGUGACAUGAACAACAUGUCUACCAUCUCAAAUGUCAAAGAAUGGCUGUGUACAUUUCAGAAAAACAGUACGGCAGCAUUUUGAAUGAUAUAAUGUGUACCAAAAUUGUAUCAUUACUGCCAUUAUUUUACUAUUUAUUUUGUGCUGACCAGGUUUUAAUGUUGUUCCAUAAGAAUAGAUGCCUUAUUUUUUUUCAAUUGUAUUAUGGGUCCAUCUUCUUACAUUUGCAUAACUACAGAGAGUCUAAGCACAAUCUUUUAUAUAUUAGAUAAAUUUAUAAACUACAGCUGAAUAGUGGCUAUUUUAACUUGCGUAUCAACUGUGUAUUUAUAAUGACUAGUAUCUUUUUGACAGUUUAUAGAUAUUGUUGGUCUCCAUGAUGGGAAGGGGAAUAAAAAAUUUGCUCAAU